AUGGAAGCCGCCAUGGCCAACGUCGACCUCGGGCGCUAUCGGCGUAUAGUGCAGAUGUUCUGGGAUCCCGAGCCGACCAACGAUGUCGCCCACGAUCAGCCCGUGUGGUGCCUCGGACACUCAUACAAGCUCAGUGACAGCAAAAGCACCAAGAACGACAACCGCAGCCCCCAGACACCCCCCCCAGCGCCCAAGCCAGACGCAGAGGCUCAAGACACCAGUCGACCGCCCGUCCCACCAGUCAACGCACCCGAAACCCCACCGGAAUCGAUAUCGAGCAGCUUCUCAUCAUCGCUAGCAUAUGAUGAUCCGACAAAAGACAACGGCUGGCCGCCACAAUUCAUGGCCGAUUUCGAGUCGAGGAUCUGGAUGACGUAUAGGUCCGAAUUCGAGCCCAUCCCUCGCUCAACCAACCCACAAGCCACUUCCUCCCUCUCGCUAUCGAUGAGGUUGAAGAGCCAGCUGGGCGACCAGAGCCCUUUCUCUUCCGACAGUGGAUGGGGCUGCAUGAUUCGAUCAGGUCAGAGCCUGCUUGCAAAUACCAUAGGCAUGAUUCGUCUGGGCAGAGACUGGCGCCGAGGACAAUCACCACACGAAGAACGUGAAAUCAUCAGAUUGUUUGCCGACCACCCCAACGCCCCCUACUCCCUACAUAGCUUCGUGCGUCACGGUGCCAGUGCGUGUGGCAAGUACCCAGGCGAGUGGUUCGGCCCGUCAGCAACUGCCCGGUGCAUCCAAGCGCUUGCGAACUCGCACGAAUCCUCACUUCGAGUAUACUCAACAGGCGACGGCCCCGACGUUUACGAGGACGAGUUUAUGAAGAUUGCGAAGCCAGAGGGGGAAGGGUUUCAUCCCACGCUCAUUCUUGUUGGAACUCGUCUGGGAAUCGACAAGAUAACGCCUGUCUACUGGGAAGCCCUCAUUGCAUCCCUUCAAAUGCCCCAGUCUGUAGGAAUUGCAGGCGGCCGCCCAUCCUCAUCACACUACUUUGUUGGGGCACAAGGUUCGUUCUUGUUCUACCUUGACCCCCACCAUACCAGACCCGCACUCCCCUACCACGAGAACCCAGACGACUACACCGACGAGGAGAUCGCAUCUUGUCACACUUCCCGACUACGUCGCAUCCAUGUUCGCGAGAUGGACCCGAGCAUGUUGAUAGGAUUUUUGAUCCGAAGCGAGGAUGACUGGCAGAAUUGGAAGCGAUGUGUCAAGCACGUCCAGGGCAAGUCGAUUAUCCACGUAGCGGAUCGAAGCGCGCUCCUUGGAGGCUCCAGUGAGGGUCGGGAGGGUGCGAUUGAUGAGGUGGAGACGCUAAGUGAUGAUGAUGAUGAUGAUGCGGACACCAUUCAUGAGGCCUAG